AUGCUCUAUGGACGUCCAGAGUACAUCAUCAACACUCUGAUUCAAAAGGUACGGUCUUUACCGGCACCGAAAGAGGAUAAGCUUGAAAGUCUUGUUGACUUUUCGAUUGCAGUUCGUAAUUUGGUAGCUACAGUGAAGGCCUGCAAAUUGGAUGAUCACCUUUACAAUGUAUCUUUGCGGCAAGAAUUGGUAGAGCGUUUGCCAUUUAUGAUAAAAUUAACCUGGGGUGUUCAUAUACAAAAUAUCGAACGAGUUACACUCGAUGAUUUCAGUGAUUGGUUGUAUAGUUUGGCACAGGCAGCCAGCGCCGUAAACGUUAAACCUCACCCGACUAUUUCUGAACCUAAACGAAAGGGACGCAAAGAAGACGGUUUUCUAUAUGCUCAUCGGGAACCAUUUCCAACACCAGAACCACAGGUGUUAACAUCCAAGAAUGACGGUUGUGUAAUCUGUCAGCAAAACUGCGGAGCUGUAGAAAAAUGCUCAGUAUUUACACAAAUGAAUGUAUCAUCUCGUUGGGCAGCCCAGAGAAAUUUGAGUUUGUGCAGGCGUUGUUUAAAGAUACACGGUGCUUAUUGUAGACGUAACGUGUGUUGCGGCGUGAAUGGUUGUACUCGCAAACACCACCCACUGCUGCACAAUGACACUUCUUCUAAACCACAACUUGUCGCUCCCAAUCCCGAACCACAGCCUGUCGCUCCCAAUUCCGAACCACAACCUGGAACAUCAAGCAGCCAUGUCGUAGAGAUGAACCUCAACACACAUCGCAGUACAUAUCAGCAAAUUUUGUUCCGCUACGUUCCUGUGGUUCUAUAUAACAAUGACAUCGAAAUCCAUACCCAUGCUUUCUUAGAUGAUGGAUCGUCGUUAACGCUUCUCGAAGAAGACUUAGCUGAAGAACUCCAGUUGGAAGGGAUCUCCAGCCCGUUAUGCCUUCACUGGACAGCUGAUACUUAUCGAUACGAAGAUGCAUCUCGAUUGGUUUCGGUACAAAUCUCCAGUGUUUUGAAUCCGGCAAAUAAAAUCAGGUUGUCUGAAGUCCACACAGUGAAGCAGUUGAAACUCCCACCACAAUCACUCGAUUUUAAUGAGAUGACUAAGCAGUAUCACCACUUGCAAGGUCUUCCAAUCAAUUCCUACCAUAAUGCCCGUCCGAGGAUCCUGAUUGGUAUAAACAACGUCAGAGUUACACAUUCUCUCGACAGUAGAGAAGGUAAGAUUGACCAACCAGUAGCAGCAAAGACACGACUGGGUUGGGUUCUCUUCGGUAGAAAUUCUGGUUCCCCACAAACAGCAAACGAUAUGUUCCAAUCUAACUUUCACGUCGGCACCCAAUCUGAAAAUAAUGAUUGUGAUCUCCAUAACGUCGUUAAGUAUUUUUUUACUUUCGAGAGCUUGGGAAUAGCUAAAUCAGAGCAACUGCCUAUGUCCAAAGAAGAAGAACGAGCGUUCGAAAUGAUGCGUUCCCAGAUAACGUUUCGUGAUGGGCGAUAUGAAAUGGGACUGCUUUGGAAAUACGAAGACGUGCGUACGCCAGAUACUAAGUACACAGCCAUGAAACGCUUUCACUGUUUGGAAAGAAGGAUGAGGCGUGACCCACUACUAGCAGAAGCUCUUAGAACGAUGAUUAAAGAUUAUGUUAAAAAAAGAUAUGCCCGCAAGCUGACUGAAGCUGCAGCUAAUAUUCCCCGAAAACGUAAAUGGUACCUCCCAAUGUUUCCUGUAUUCAACCCAAACAAGCCCGGCAAACUCCGCAUCGUGUGGGAUGCCGCCGCAGCUACAAACGGUAUUUCGCAUAAUUCUCUCCUCUUGAAAGGACCCGAUCAAUUAACGGAAUUACCAGCUGUGUUGUACAAAUUUCGCGAGCACCUGGUGGCCAUCGGAGGAGACAUUCGCGAGAUGUUUCACCAGGUGCUCAUCAAGGAGGACGAUCAACACUGCCAACGAUUCUUAUGGCGCGAACACGAGCACCAAGAAAACCCGGAUGUUUACGUUCUUUGCGUGAUGUCAUUUGGAGCUACAUGUUCUCCCAGCUGUGCGAUUUUCGUAAAAAACGAAAAUGCCGAUCGCUUUCGCACACACUAUCCAGCAGCUGUUGACGCAAUCAAAGGUCAUUAUGUCGAUGAUAUGCUCUUGUCCGUAUAA